GCUGGAGAAGACACCAACGUCUUCCAUAAUGUGUGUCUGAAUUUUAUGACACGUAAAGGGAUGGAGUAUUUGGAAUAUCUGCUACUCCAGAAGACCCAUGCACCUUGCUCUGUGCCUGCAGACUAUACGGAAACACCUUGUCGACGUUAUCAUGAAGAUCUGGGACAAGGAACAGGAGUUACAAGCAGUUGCUGGAACCAUUGAAGAAGAAGAAGAGGUAGCUCCUGCUGCAAUGGGACAGGAAGAGACUUCUAUAGGGCAUCAAGAAAAGAAGUCAGAAGAACAUCUAGAAGAAGAGGAUCCUUCUGAGAAGCAUGAAGAAAAGGAGGCUUCUGUGGAGGAGUUCAAAGAAGAACAGGCUAUUGCUGAGGAGCCCCAAGAAGAACAGGCUCCUGCUGAGGAGCCCCAAGAAGAACAUGCUCCCGCAGAGAAGCCCAAAGAAGAACAGGCUCCUGCUGAGGAGCCACAAGAAGAACAGGCUCCUGCUGAGGAGCCACAAGAAGAACAGGCUCCUGCUGAGGAGCCACAAGAAGAACAGGCUCCUGUUGAGGAGCCCAGAGAAGAACAGGUUCCUGCUGAGGAGCCUAGAGAAGAACAGGCUCCUGCUGAGGAGCUCAAAGAAGAACAGGCUCCUGCAGAGGAGCACAAAGAAGAACACCAGGCUCCUGCUGUGGAGAAUGAAGAAGAUCAGGUUCCUGCUGAGGAUCAUGAAGAGGAGAUUCCAGCAGAAGAGGACAAAGAACAACAGGUUCCUGCUGAAGAGGGUAAAGAAGAGCAGGCUCUUGCUGAGGAGCAUAAAGAGCAGGAGGGUCCUCCUGCAGAACAUCAAGAAGGGGAUGCUUCUACUGAGCACCAAGAAGAGGAUGCUCCUUCUUUAGAAUAUCAGGAAGAAGAAGUGUAUGCAGCAGAAGAACACGAAGAAGCAGCUCUUUCUGCAGAGAUGGAAAGACCAGCCCUAAGAAGAAGGGUGAAGAGGGCAAUUAUGAAAAGGCUGCAGAGAAUUUGGCAUUCGACCAGAAGAACCUUUUGCUGCCACCAUCAUCAUCCUGCUCCUUGAAUUAUUCCAUCAAUAUCUUUUUAUGGGUGUGUAUGGGUAAGUAUGAAUUUAGAUAGAAAAUGAUCCAGGGUUUAAAACCGACUGCCAUUUCCAGGAGUCAGGAAGGAAUUUUUUCCCUUCAGUGCAAAUUGGCCGAGCACCAGGGUUUUUGCCUUCCUUUGGAUCAUUUUCUGUAUGCAUGUGUUGAGGUUGUGUGUGUGUAAAAAGAGAUGGAUGCAUGUUUGGGUGUGUAGAGGGUGGGGGCUUGUGUGGGUUUGUGUGGGGUGGGUAGGCACAUGCAUGUUUAGGGGAUGGGUUGCAUGUAGGUGGGGGGUUUCAUGAAUGCAUGUGUAGGCGAAUGGGUUAGUAUGUGCAUGAAUGUGUGUGUAAGAUGAUGGGCGGUUGUGCAUGUAUAGUGGAUAGUUGGAUAUGUGGUGGGUUGGGUUUCGGGGGGUGUUGGGUGAGGGUGUGUGUAAGGGGUGCAUGAGAAUGAUCCAGGGUGUUAAACCGACUGCCGUUUCCAGGAGUCAGGAAGGAAUUUUUUCCCUUCAGUGCAAAUUGGCCGAGCACCAGGGUUUUUGCCUUCCUUGGAUCAUUAUCUGCAUGCAUGUGUGGAGGUUGUGUGUGUGUAAAGAGAGAUGGAUGCAUGUUUGGGUGUGUAGAGGGUGGGUGCUUGUGUUGGUGUGCAUGGGGUGGGUGGGCACAUGCAUGUGUAUGGGGUGGGUUGCAUGAAGGUGGGGGGUUCAUGAGUACAUGUGUAGGUUAUUGGGUGCAGGGAUGUGUGAAAGGAGGUGGGUGGUUGUGUAGUGGGUUGGGUACUAGCUUGGGGGGUGGGGUGCACAGAACAUGAUCCAGGGUGUUAAACCGACUGCCGUUUCCAGGAGUCAGGAAGCCGAGCACCAGGGUUUGUGUGUUAUAUAUAUAUAUAUAUAAAACCAUGAUCCAGGGAAUAAAACCGACUGCCGUUUGGAGUCAGGAAGGAAUUUUUUUCCCCUUCAGUGCAAAUUGGCACUGAAAGCACUGAAAGGGGUUUGUUCGCCUUCAUCUGGAUCAUUGGAUGUUAUACCACACCCCCUUUUGUUAAUAAUAUUAAUAAAUCCUGUGACCACCAACAGGUUUUCCCGUAAA